AUGGAGCUCAAACUUGCAUUCUCCUUUGCCUUGCUUUUCUGUCUCUCUCGUGCGAGUUCUGCCUCGCGCUAUUUUACCUCGAUAUAUUCCUUUGGGGACUCUUACGUCGACGCCGGCAACUUCGUGAUCAUGGCGUCUUCGACGGUGCCCGUGUGGUAUGAUAAGCCUCCUUAUGGCAUGACCUUCUUUGGUCAUUCCACAGGCCGCAUGAGCGAUGGCAGAGUCAUCGUAGAUUUCAUCGCCGAGGAGUUUGGUCUCCCCUUCCUUCCACCAUCCCAGGCGAAUAGUUCGACCCUCUCCCAGGGCCUAAACUUCGCCGUCGGUGGCGCGACGGCGAUCGACACCGGCUUCUUCGAGAGGAACCACAUCGUGUCGUUCAAGAUUCUCAACACUUCGCUGGACGUGCAGCUUGGCUGGUUCGAGCAGCUCAAGCCAUCGAUCUGCAACACCACGAAAGAUGAUGCAAAAGGUGACAAGAACUGUUGGGGCAAAUCCCUCUUCGUUGUUGGGGAGUUCGGGGUGAAUGACUACGACUUCCUGUGGACAGCGGGGAAGUCCAAACAAGAGGUUGAGUCAUUUGUGCCGCGAGUCGUGAGAAAAAUCACCGUGGCCGUGGAGAGGCUCAUCAACCAAGGCGCAGUCUACGUGAUCGUGGCGGGGAACACACCAACGGGGUGUGCCCCGGCGCUCCUCACGCUUCUCGCGAGCCCUAACCGGACGGAUUACGACGGCAUCGGCUGCCUGCGUGCCCUCAACCACGUAUCCAGGCAACACAACGCCCUGCUUCGUGCAGCUCUCGAAGGGCUCAGGGCCAAGUACCCUCAUGCCAAGAUCAUCUUCGCCGACUUCUACUCACCGAUCAUUCAGCUCACCCAAGAGCCUGAUCGUUUUGGGUUCGCUGCUGGUGGAGUUCUCAAGGCUUGCUGCGGCACCGGCGGCGCGUACAACUGGAACGCCAGCGCCAGCUGCGGCAUGCCCGGGGUGGCCGCCUGCAGGGAUCCGUCGGCGUCGGUGUCGUGGGACGGGAUUCACUACACGGAGGCCGUCCACCGCUACGUCGCCGAGGGGUGGCUCCAUGGCCCUUAUGCCGAUCCGCCAAUUUUGGCUGCCAUCCACCACUGAUUUGCUCAAAAGGAAUGGCGUGAUCUUGGGCAAUUUGCAGAUUUAUAACCCCCAUCGGUAUGCAAUCGACAAUUAUUCAACAUGUAGUUUGAAUUUAGAUGCGGAAGUCAUGUGUGCUAUGGAACCACCGUGGCUUCCAUCAUUUUGCUAUUGUAGUUCGAAAUUUAAAUUUUAGA